UGGCAGCGUGAGGAGUAAAUGGCUCAGAGUAUCCGCGCUGGAAACCGACCUAAACACUGGUCUGGGAACUGAUAAACAAACACAACAAACAACGCGGUGCGUAAAAGCUCUCCAUUGCGCUGGUUCUGGGUGCGCGCGGAAGCUGUGCCAGCAGUCCCAAGAAGCCAAGAAGACUCCGUUUUUCUUUUGGUUGUUUAUUUCUACGUGUGUGAGCGUGUGUGAAAAACGAGGAUAUCUUAAUUGGACAUGUGAGUUACGGGAGACAAGCAGCCCUUCUCGAAGAUGAAGUUCCCCGCUUGCGUCCUCGUCACUUUGCUGGUGAUCAGAUCGAGUGCGGCACAGUCAGUUUGUCCCGGCACAGAGAACAAGCUGAGCACCCUGUCUGACCUGGACCAGCAGUACCGCACCCUGAAGAAGCUCUACGAGAACUGUGAAGUGGUCAUGGGCAAUUUGGAGAUCACCAGCAUCGACCGAAACCGCAACCUCUCCUUUCUCAAGUCAAUCAGAGAGGUGACUGGCUACGUGUUGGUGGCUCUCAACCAGUUCGACCAACUGCCGCUGGAGAACCUGCGGAUCAUCCGUGGCACCAAACUGUACGAGGGUCGCUACUCACUGGCCAUCUUUCUCAACUACAGGCGGGACGGGUACUACGGCCUGAGGCAGCUGGGCCUGCGGAACCUCACAGAGAUUCUGAAUGGGGGUGUUUAUGUUGACCAGAACAAAUUCCUUUGCCAUGCGGAUACCAUCCAUUGGCGGGACAUUAUCAAGAACCCCCAGGCUGAGCUGCUGGUGGUACCGUCCAACAACAGCAACCUUGGAUGCAGACGAUGUCAUCGCUCAUGUAACGGACGCUGCUGGGGCAAUCAGGAAGACCAGUGUCAAACCUUGACAAAGACAGUGUGUGCAGAGCAGUGUGACGGUCGAUGCUUCGGGCCUUACGUCAGCGACUGCUGCCAUCGCGAGUGCGCCGGCGGCUGCUCGGGCCCCAAGGACACGGACUGCUUCGCUUGCACCAAUUUCAACGACAGCGGAGCAUGUGUGACCCAGUGCCCUCAGCCGUUUGUCUACAACCCCACGUCUUUUCAGCUGGAGCACAACCCCAGAGCCAAGUACACCUAUGGAGCCUUUUGUGUCAAGAAAUGCCCACAUAAUUUCGUGGUGGACCACAGCUCCUGUGUCCGAGCGUGCCCCAGCAACAAGAUGGAGGUGGAGGAGAACCGGAUCAAAAUGUGCAUCCCCUGUACCGACAUCUGUCCUAAAGUGUGCGACGGCAUAGGGACUGGCAGCCUGCAGACAGCUCAAACAGUGGAUGCUAGCAAUAUUGAUAAAUUUGUCAACUGCACCAAAAUCAACGGCAACCUCAUCUUCCUCAUUACAGGGAUUAAAGGGGACAUGUAUCAUGGUAUUGGACCUUUGGACCCUGAGCGUCUCAACGUGUUCCGCACUGUGAAAGAGAUCACAGGUUACCUCAACAUCCAGUCCUGGCCUGAGAACAUGACGGAUCUGAGUGUUUUUUCCAGCCUGGCAACCAUUGGUGGUAGAUCUCUUUACAGUGGAAGUGGUAUUUCUCUGUUGAUCUUGAAGCAGCGUUGGAUCUCAUCCCUUCAAUUCCAGUCACUGGACGAGAUCAGUGCCGGAAACGUUUACAUCUUCAACAACAGCCGCCUGUGCUUCUACAACACCGUCAACUGGACGUCGCUCUUCCGGACACCGAGCCAGAAAGUCCUCAUCCGCAACAACAGGGAUCCAAAGGAAUGCACUCAGCAGCGAAUGGUGUGUGAUCGGAUGUGUUCAGACGACGGGUGCUGGGGCCCGGGGCCCGACCAGUGUCUUUCCUGCCGAUACUUCAGACGAGGCCGCACCUGUGUGGAGUCCUGCAACCUCUUUGACGGGGAAAUGCGUGAAUUUGCCAAUGGAUCUGUGUGCCUGGAGUGUGAUAGCCAGUGUGAGAAGAUGGAUGGGAACACCGUGACAUGUCUUGGCCAGGGCCCGGACCAGUGUGUGAAAUGCCUCCACUUCAAAGAUGGGCCCAACUGUGUAGAGAAGUGCCCCGAUGGGCUGCAGGGGGCCAACAGUUUCAUCUUUAAGUACGCCAAGGCCAACAACGAGUGUCAUCCCUGCCAUGCCAACUGCACCCAGGGGUGCGUCGGGCCAAGACUCCAAGAUUGUGUUGGGAUGAUGGACAGGACACCACUAAUAGCAGCUGGCAUUAUCGGCGGCCUAUUUAUCAUCGUCAUACUGGCGCUCAGCGUGGCCGUUUCUGUCCGACGCAAAAGCAUAAAGAAGAAGAGGGCCUUGCGGCGCUUCUUGGAGACAGAGCUGGUGGAGCCCCUGACCCCCAGCGGAACAGCCCCCAACCAGGCUCAGUUGCGGAUCCUUAAAGAGACGGAGCUGAAGAGGGUCAAGAUUCUGGGCUCUGGUGCUUUCGGAACAGUCUACAAGGGCAUCUGGGUCCCAGAAGGUGAGACAGUGAAAAUCCCUGUGGCUAUUAAAAUCCUCAACGAGACCACCGGUCCGAAAGCCAACGUGGAGUUCAUGGACGAGGCCCUCAUCAUGGCCAGCAUGGAACACCCCCACCUGGUGCGUCUGCUGGGUGUCUGCCUGAGCCCCACCAUCCAGCUGGUCACGCAGCUCAUGCCCCAUGGCUGCCUCCUCGACUACGUGCACGAGCACAAGGACAACAUCGGAUCGCAGCUGCUGCUCAACUGGUGUGUCCAAAUCGCCAAGGGGAUGAUGUACCUGGAGGAGAGGAGGCUGGUCCACCGGGACCUCGCGGCCCGGAACGUGCUGGUGAAGUCGCCCAAUCAUAUCAAGAUCACCGACUUCGGCCUGGCACGGCUGCUGGACGCAGACGAAAAGGAGUACAACGCAGACGGGGGCAAGGUUGGUAUGCCCAUUAAAUGGAUGGCUCUUGAAUGCAUCCACUACAGGAAGUUCACCCAUCAGAGUGACGUAUGGAGUUACGGAGUGACCAUCUGGGAGCUGAUGACAUUCGGAGGCAAGCCCUACGACGGCAUCCCCACGCGAGAAAUCCCAGACAUUCUGGAGAAGGGGGAGCGUCUGCCCCAGCCGCCCAUUUGUACCAUAGAUGUCUACAUGGUCAUGGUGAAAUGCUGGAUGAUUGACGCAGACAGCAGGCCGAAGUUUAAGGAGCUGGCUGCUGAGUUUUGCAGAAUGGCCCGGGACCCCCAGCGAUACCUGGUCAUCCAGGGAGACGACCGCAUGAAGCUCCCCAGCCCCAAUGACAGCAAGUUCUUCCAGAGCCUUCUGGACGAGGAGGAUCUAGACGACUUGAUGGAUGCUGAUGAGUACCUGGUGCCUCGAGGUUUCAACAUGGCUCCUCCGUCCUACACAACCAGGCCUCGAGUUGACUCCAACAGAAACCAGUUUGGCUAUCGAGAUGGUGGUCCAAACCCUGCAGAGGCCUCUGCCGCAGGUGCCCAGGCCAGCGUGAAUCAGGAAGCCACAGGUGGACCUGGUCCGGCCCUGGAGGAUCAGCGCUGUAAUGGCAGCCUGCACAAGAAGAGCCUGAGCCAGGCAGGAGUAGAGGACAGCGGGGGCCAGAGGUACAGCGCUGACCCCACCAUCUUCCUCGGGGAGAGGGCGCCCAGAGGGGACACUGAUGAGGACGGAUACAUGACACCCAUGAAGGACAAGAGCUCCUCAGAAUAUCUGAAUCCCAUUGAGGAGAACCCGUUUGUCUCUCGACGCAAGAACGGUGAGAUCCACGCCUUGGAUAACCCGGGCUACCACAGCACACCCAACAGCCAGCCCAAAGGGGAGGACGAGUACAUCAACGAGCCCCUAUACCUCAACACCUUCCACAGCCCCGCCGAGCUGGGCCUGGAGGCACUGAGGAGAAAUGGUCUUCCCCUGCCCACCCAGCCUCCUUCUUCUAUCGCUUCUUCAGGCUCCCACCUCCCACUUACCAUCCAGACCAGCCUGCCCCAUUACCCCCUCCCUACAGCCCAGCCCUCUCCAUCUGGCAUGCCUUGCCACCACGGCCCACCGACCCACAUCCUCCACGCCCACCACACCAUCAAACCCGCAGGACAGCCUGGCAAUCCAGGUGGCGGCUCCGCCAGCCAGAGCCAAACAGGAACUACUGCCCAAGCCCAGGUGUGCCAGUCAGGUGCCCUGUCCACUUCGGCCACCAUUGGGCACGGCAGCCUGCCAGCCUACCAGAUCCACGCCACCACGCACCCCGCCAGCAUGCUGAAGCACGGACAGACGUCAGGUAAAGUCAGCGGGAAAAAGCUGAAGGUGACCUUUGACAAUCCAGAGUACUGGCAACACAGCUUGCCCCCCAAAUCGUCUAACCAGGCGAUCCCUGACGGCGCCCAGGGCGGCUCCACCAACGCCAAGCUCUUCUAUAAGCAGAACGGACACAUACGGCCGGCGGUAGCUGAAAACCCCGAAUACAUGUCUGAGUUUUCCCUGAAAUCUGGCACCGUGUUGCCCCCUCCACCCUACCGACAGCGGAACACUGUGGUCUAAAUCGUUCCAAACCUUCCUUAAUCUGACUCUAGCCUCCAGCAACCCAGACAUCCUCUCCGGUUCCACUGUUCCACGCAGAGGGGAGCAGCCUCAACCAGAGCCCCCCAACUCUUUCCAAAUACCGUGCCAUCUGCUGUAGAUCGUAGCGACAUCAGAAGGAGGUGGACCGAACCGAGCCAAGCAAACCCAACUCACCUUCAUCCAAUCCAGUCCAUUUCUGUCCUGUAGAUAGAGACUGCGCUCCACGUCACUGAGAACGUGAAGGUUACGGUAGUUUUCAAGGGACACAUAACUGUCACACAGCAGUGGACACACAGCACAGUGUCGUCCCAGCGAGGCAGACCGCAACAAGAUGGAUUCGACGUAGGGGACCUGAACUCACUGCCAGCCACUGCGGUGUCAGAUUCACGAGAGGAACAAGAUGUUUUCUUAUUUUUUCAGUAUAAAGGUCUGAAGAUGAACUUCUAAGGGUUUCUGAAAUAAGCAAACAGACGGAACAAAUAGAGUCUGUAAGAUGUCAAGAUGUCUUGUUUUGUGAAUGACCUUGUAGAAUGAGGCGAAACAGCAAAAUAUGGAGGAAUAAAAGGCUGAAAAGGGUUUAGUCAGGACAUCCAGUAACAUGAGGAUGGAGCACUGAAAGCUGAUCAAUCAUAUUCACUCUUUUUGCCUAUAGGAUUAUACCAUACAUCCUCCAAUUUUCCGUCAAACAUGUGAAACUCAUCUCAUCUUUCUUACUGUAACUGUGAUACUGUGAUGGCCAAAACUACAGUGAUCCCUCCACACAUCUGUAGUUCGACCAUUGACUUUUUAACUCGCCUGAAAAACACACAGGGCAACUGCUGUUUUUGUUGUUUUUGGUUGACUGCUGUCUGCUUGGAAAAGGCUGAUCAAAAACAGCCUUUUCCAAGCCAAAGGGAAUAAGGGAAAAAAUACACUGUAAACAUUUUUAUAAACACUGGUUGCAGGGUUGAGAAGAUUGAUUUUUAUACACUGGUUUUCCCAUUUAAAACAGGAGGCUAACUUGAUGAGUGUCUUGCCAUAAGAGUGGGAGGAUAGUUAGGGAAAUUCCUGAAUCUGCUGAAUAGUGUGAUAUCUACAAAGCAGCCGAACUAAAAAUGGUGAUUAUAGAGACAGAGAGUGAGAGAAAAAAGAGAAAACAUCUACAGAGAGGAAAGAAAAAGUUCAUACAAGCCGCCUAAUGAAGACCUCAAGGAAUGAACAAGACAGCACCAGCAGAGCACAGAAAAACUACUUUUUUGUGUGUGUGUUUAUGUCAGUGUGAAUGGAACAAGUGUGUGUGUGUGUGUGUGUGUGUGUGUUCACAUAUUAGCAAGCCAGUUUGACCCCGCGGGGAUAUCUGCGGGGAAAGAGAUGUGGUCGAAGUCGGUGAUGAUAUGGUCGACAGCUUCAGUACCGCUGUUAACCAACAGUAAGCUCAACACUGGUCCGACCUCAAAGACUUCCACCAUAUGACUGCUGUCAACAGAAAACAUUUCUACUGUCUCAUUGAGUGGCAAACGGCACCAAAUCUCUGGGAGGUUUUCAUCUUUUUAGGUGUUGGAUGGUUAAAAGUCAGGAAUCUGAGGCUUUGUGAAGGAGCUGUUGAUGCACACAGUGAUGGUUCUGUGCCAAAAUUAACAAGUGUCUCUAUCGCAGUGUUCAUUUAUAAGGUACUUGACUGUAGCUUGGAUCUAGUUCUUAAAAAAUUAUAAAUACUAACCACUUUUUCUCUGGACCCACUCGUCUCUAUGGCAGCAAAUUUGGACAUGAUACCAGUGAAGAUGGGGAAUGGAGGCAGUGUCUGUCGUUUCUGGCAUAGUUUGUCCUUAAUUCAUCAGUGGCACCUUGAAAUCAAGAGCCUGUUGCAAGCCUGACCACCCUGCAGUCAAGAGGUAUCUGGUUUGGUCUAAGGUGGCAAAGCAACCUGCACAAUUUUUUAAAUCAUGCUUUUUAUUUUACUCUAAUAAUCAACAACAAAGAUCAGGACUACAUUCAUGUUCUCAUUCGACUGACUUUUAACCUAAAGGUGCUGUCAGUUGCACUUUGGCUGCUCUAAUUGGCAGUGUUGACAACCAAAUUGCUUGAUAUUUUUGAAGGACUUUAUUGCCCAGAAGUCAGAACUCCAUAAGCUAUUAACCUUGUCCCCUAGAAAUGAUAUAGAUAUGUUAAUUCAUAUAGUAAUCCAGCAAAUACAUACCUGGGAAAUCAAAUAAGUACUGUAUUAACCUAAUUUCUGGGAGACAGGGUUAAACCUACGCCUAAAUGUGAUCUUCGUAGUUGCUGGUCAAGGUUGCUUGAAUUUUCUUUCAGCUAAUUACUUUAUUAAUAUUGGUAAAUGUACAACUUAGAGGAGACUGUAAUGUCUUUAUAGGUUUGUUGCUGUUGUUGUUCAAGUGCAGCUGUAUAUUGUUAAUUUGUACUUUUCCCAACACUGAAUUAUUAGUCUGGCUGCUGUUUGACGAUGCCUUGGAUCCAUUUACACUAAAGGCCUUUGCACACCAAGUCAAUGGAGUUUCAAGCAGUGAAGAUGAUUUUGUCGUAGAUAGGAGACAGAAAUUGGGUUUUUCCAAUCCUGAGGAGGUCUCUAGAGCAAGGAGAGUUUACCUGUCAAUAAAAUUGGAAUUAUCCCAAUGGUUUCAAAGUCUGUUUCAGGUGAUCCAGUUUGAUACCCUGCUAACAAUACUAGAAUCGGACAUUGACAAACAGACCACCAAUGUCAGCAAUCCAAUUGAUCCUGAACACAAAAGGGGCUGGCAGUAUGUCUAAGAUAGGGACAUGCUGACCCACUUGCCAGAAUAAGCAUUGGCGUUGUACGUCUCUGCAAACCAUGAAUACAUUUUGCACGUUAUUAUGCAGCGAUAGGUUGGUAGGUUGAAACUUUAAAUUGGGGAAUGAAAGAAAUCUGUGACUGACAUUAAGUGAGGUUGUAUUUACUUUUAAGUGUGCAACAAUUUCAGGCAAAAAAAAAAAAAAAAUACGGACUUGGUGUGCAGAGUCCCAGAGUGACAUCAUGAAAAGCAUCCCAGCUGAGUUUUACUCUUGAGAUCCCCAAGCUCUCAAGAGAAUCAUUGUAACCCUCACUACUGACGCCUCUGCAGGCAAACUGCCAGUCAAUGCUGCUAAAAGCGCUGGUGUUACAGCCAUUAUUUCUUCCGACAAGCCAUACAGGUGACCUGUGGGUGGGAAAAUACCACAAAGCUUGCCAACCUUCAAAGAUCAAGAGGAAAAUUUUGUAAUGGUGGUUUGCCUCUUUCGAGAAUCACAUCUUAGUUCAAUCAAUAUGGACAGAAUCAUAUAGUUCCUGACCCUAUAGCACGUUUUUCCAGCUGUUACACAUUAAAUAUUAAUAUUAAUGUAAUUGUAAUUUGUCAUUCAGCUGUGUGCUGUUUUCUUGUUUAGGAUUUUUAUUUAGUGCAUUUUAAUGCCUCUGUGUGUGAACGUGUUCGUCCGAGUAAGCUGUAUAUGUUUGUCCUCCCCUUGGAGCACUUUGAUCAAACUCGUGGGUAGAAAGAAAAGAUUUCCACCCUUCGUUACUGAAAUAUUCAACUUGUUUAUCCGGCCGUUUACCACUUCAGAAAGCAAAAAGCUUCAGCAAAAGUCAGAGGAAGGUGCUGCGGCCGGGAGUUCACCAAGAAAACACAUUUGAGGUGGUACUGACCAGCCUCAAGAAUGUCCUUGUUUCCGAGUUGAUGGUUUUUUUGUUUGCUUCAAACAGUAUUUAUAACGCUGCUUUGAUGAUAUCAUGAUUAUUUGAUGAAGGAGUAUUUUGUAGUCCCUUUUGGAGCUCUAAUUCAAUGAAAUAGAGACAGCAUUUAAUAUCAAUGUGAAAUAUUUAUGGCGCGUUUCAGCUUGUUUAUACUGAGCGAUGGAAGCGUCUGCCAAAUCUGGGUUUCAAGAAGGAGGAGGAAAAAAAAGAAAAGCAUGAUGGUGGUAAGAAGAAAAACACACGCCUUGGUCUCUCUUGUUUGGCCUAAAUUAUACUGCAGACCCAGGCAAAAUGCGUGUUUGAAUCAAGAUUAGAUUAAAAAAACUGAUGAGACAACUGAGACGACUGAGCCUCACGUUCUCGAGAGCACUUCAGAGUAUCCGAGACACUUUGCAACUGUGCGCUUUUAAUUGAAUCUACUCAAGAGUUCAUUGCCAGAAAAGGAAGAAAAACAUACCUGAAGUUUGUCAAGUCUUGUUUUUGUCAUCCAAAGGCCUUGUUUUUUUUUUUCUUUAGUACCGCAACUACUUUUUCCCUCUCUGCCGACUAAUAUCUCAUUUCUUGUUUCAAACAUGUUUCGCCUUGGCGUCGGACUGUGUUACCUGCUGCUAUUUGUCUCAGCCCUAAACACUCUUGUGGCUCAUGGCAUUUCAAGAACACACCAUGGCAACUGGUGUUUAAGACUGAUCACUUUUUUUAUUUCCACUUUUUACCGUUUCCUCUGAGCCAAGGUGCAGAGGCAUGUAGCCAGAAGUGAAUCCUUCGAUAUUUCAUCCUGAGCAGUUACCUACCAUAUAGGCUGCGUUAGAGUCUCUAGUGUAUAGUACAAUAUCACCUUGCAUGGUACCCAAAGUGAGUGUUUUACUGCCCUCCACCUUUGUAUCUCUUCAUUGAUGACAGUAUUAUAUUCAAAUUUCAGAGUGGGAGAAAAUAUUUUUUUUUACUGAAUUCAGUAGCACAAACUGGGAAUUUCUUUUUUGUGUAUAGUACCCUUUUAAUGUUGAGUUAUUUUCCAUAUUAUCAAGUUUUUCUUCAAGAAAAAAAGACUUGAAUCUUUUUUUUUUCCACUAUUGUGUUGUUUACCACACAUUAUGAAACACGUUUGUCAUUCUAGCCACAGUUUUUAGUUGUCCACAUCUUAAUUGCACAAAUCAUCACUUUCAUUUCCUGUGUUUAAAUUAUCAGAUAAAUGUACAGAAUCUUUGGGGUUUCCUCCAAAACUUAUCUAACACACUUCAGCAACAAAUGUGAAUAGUAUUUUUAUAAAGCACUGAAAUGGCCGACGUGGUGAAUUUGUAAAUAAGGAGGCGAUGCUUUGAAUUUAUAUGGUCUUCUCUCCUACUGCUGUUUUCUCCUGCUUAUAACAACUUGUAAAAAAAGAGCCGUACAUAUUUGCUUUAUGUAAGUGUACCUUUUGGACUAAUGGGGAUUUGAUUUUAAAAGUGCUUGUUGACCAUUUUUCCAUGUGGAACUCUUGUGACGCCCUUUUUCUCCAGAACUCUGUGGCUGUCCUCAUGUAUUGUUUCAGUUUAGGUGAACACUGUAAAAGUGGUGGUGGUGGUGAUGGUGGUGAUGGUGGUGGUGGGCGGAGGGGGGUGUUGAAUCCACCUGGUAUCUCUGUUCAGCUUCCCCUAUGCCUGCCACAUUUCAUUUGUCCCUCAGUAAUGAGAACACCCCAGAACAAGCAAACUUCUCCUUUUUAUCUUUCUAAUACUCAUAAAACUGAAACCAGUGCUGCCAACCAACCUAGAUAAACUGUGUUACCCUCUCUGCUUACUUUCUACUGGAAAUAUUACUGAGCCAAGUCUGACCUCCUCCUCCUCCUCUCUCCUGAAAGGCAGAGCACAGCCUUCACAGUACAUCCUGUUUUCAGUUCAUUUUCUGAUUUGUUUUUGCAUGCUUUUAGAGGAGACAUAGUAGAGAGAAGGCGUUCUUUCCAUACUUCCCCAUGUCCCUUUAUCCAAGACGGACACUGCUGACUGUCUAUCUGAGUUAUUUGAAACCAUACCCAAAGCUUUAUAUCAUAGAAAUACCGUUCCUCAUGUUUGUUACAUGAAUCUGUCAAAAGUAUAUUUUUAAUUUAAUAUAAAUAAAGAUUGAUUCAGUAUA